AUGGGCACUUUCCUCACUGCACACGGUGUUCUGGCCGGUUCCUCAAUCCUGAAGCUUCAGGGACCAUCUCUGUGUAGACAAGCUGGGGAUAGGUUAGUUGGGGUCUGUGGAGUUGGUUUCGACCCCAGGACUCUGGGAGAAGCUCAGGGCAGAGACCCAGGCAGGAGUCUGGGAGAUGUCCUUGGCUUUGGAGGUUUAGAUGGAGCAGAAGACCUUGUAGUGGAGGGUCCCGAGGGGCUGGGCAUCAGGAGGCGGAUGGAAGCAAGAAUAGAGGCAAAUAGAGCCCAGGAAAGGCCUCGGCCCAGUGACCUCGAUCUUCUGAGGCCCCAGAAAGCGGAUUACCCUGCAAAGCCCCUGGAGCUGACUUCCCAAAUCCCUAAUAGUGCUUCUCUGUCACAACAAAGACAGAGGAGGGGUAGUGAUAGAGGAGAGACGGGGGCACAAACAGGCAGAAGUUCAGAGGGGGAGCCCAAGGCUGGGCUUGGCCCAGUGAUCCCCUUAGGCAGGACGGUAGACGCUGCCCUGGGACUGGCCAGGACCAGGCCAAUAGCUCCCACAACUUCCAACAUGGCUGCAGCUGUGCCAGCGUCAGUGGCUGCCUCCAGGAAGGAGUCUCCAGGCAGGUGGGGCCUGGGGGAGGAGCCGACAGGCACAGGACCCUCGCUCCAGUGUCGCGUGUGUGGUGACAGCAGCAGUGGGAAGCACUACGGCAUCUAUGCCUGUAAUGGCUGCAGCGGCUUCUUCAAGAGGAGCGUGAGGCGGCGGCUCAUCUACAGGUGCCAGAUGGGGGCAGGGAUGUGCCCCGUGGAUAAGGCCCACCGCAACCAGUGCCAGGCCUGCCGGCUGAAGAAGUGCUUACAGGCGGGCAUGAACCAGGAUGCCGUGCAGAAUGAGCGCCAGCCAAGAAGCACCGCCCAGGUCCGCCUGGACAGCAGGGAGUCAGACCCAGAGCACCAGCUGGAGCCCCUGGCAGCUCCCUCGACCCCGGCAGGGCCCAGCCCCCGAGGCCCCAUGCCUGUGUCUGCAGCCAGAGCCUUGGGACCCCAGGCCCUCACACCUCCAGGGCACCACCACUUCAUGGCCAGCCUGAUAACCGCUGAAACUUGUGCUAAGCUGGAGCCAGAGGAUGUGGAUGAGAACAUCGAUGUCACCAGCAAUGACCCCGAAUUCCCCUUGUCCCCAUACUCUUCUUCCUCCUCCCCCUGUGGCCUGGACAGCAUCCAUGAGACAUCGGCUCGUCUGCUCUUCAUGGCUGUCAAGUGGGCCAAGAACCUGCCUGUGUUCUCCAGCCUGCCCUUCCGGGAUCAGGUGAUCCUGCUGGAAGAGGCAUGGAGUGAACUCUUCCUCCUUGGAGCCAUACAGUGGUCUCUGCCUCUGGACAGCUGCCCACUGCUGGUUCCGCCUGAGGCCUCUGCGGCUGGCAGCUCCCAGGGUCGGCUGGCGCUGGCCAGUGCGGAGACUCGUGUCCUGCAGGAAACUAUCUCACGGUUCCGGGCUCUGGCAGUGGACCCCACGGAGUUCGCCUGCAUGAAGGCCCUGGUCCUCUUCAAACCAGAAACACGGGGCCUGAAGGAUCCUGAGCACGUGGAGGCCUUGCAGGACCAGUCCCAAGUGAUGCUGAGCCAGCACAGCAAGGCCCACCACCCCAGCCAGCCUGUGAGGUUUGGGAAAUUGCUCCUGCUUCUCCCAUCUUUGAGGUUUCUCACUUCCGAACGUGUUGAGCUCCUCUUUUUUCGCAAGACCAUAGGGAAUACCCCAAUGGAGAAGCUCCUUUGUGAUAUGUUCAAAAACUAGUGGAGGUGAAAGUAACACUUUGGAAAACCAACUGAAGCUAAACACUUGCCUACCCUUUAACUCAGCAACUGCUCUCACAGGUGUGUGUCCCUAGCAGCAAUGUCCACCAAAAGAUAGUACAAGUGUGUUCAUAGCUUUUUUUCAUUAUAGCCCCAAACUGUACAUUGAGAGUAGAAUGGAUUAAUAAAUAAAUCAUGGUGUAUUCAUGCAAUGGAAAACAUCAAUAAAACAGAAUGAACCAUCAAUAAUAUGUGGCAACGUGGAUAAGUUUCAGAGACAUAAAUGUUGGACAAAAGCAUUCAGGCAACAAGUUCCACUUAUAUAAAGUUCAAGAACAGCAAGACUAGCAAUUGUGGUAGAAGUUGGAAUAGUCCUUACCUCCGGGGUGGGGGUGGAGUUGAUUGGGAAGGGGUCUGAGAGAGCCUUCAGGUGUGCCAGAAAUGUUCCUUAUUUUGAUCAGGUGUUGAUUUUGCAGUUUUUUUAAAUUUUAUUGAAGUAGAGUUGGUUUACAAUGUCAUGUUCGUUUCUGGUAUAAAGCAGUGAUUCAGUUAUAUAUAUGUAUGUUAUAUAUAUUCUUUUUCAUAUUCUUUUCUAUUGUGUAUUAUAUGAUUGGUUUCACAAAUUUAUUCAUUCAUAAAAAUUGAGCUGUGCACUUUAAAUUUGUGCACUUUAUUGUUAGGCCUCAAAAAAAAAAAAAGUGAAAAAACAUAAACAGGAAAAUGAAGGUGGCCAAGGCUCUCCCUUUGAGGGCACCGAAGCUGUGAGCUCAGGGUCUUGAGUUCCAUCUGGUUUCCACUUGAGUAGUCCAGGUGCCAUGAAUUCAAACCCAGUGAAGAAUCUCCCAGAGGAUUCAACAACCCAACUUCUCUCCAUCUUGCUCUUCUUCAUCCUUCCUCACCUCUCUAUAAACAAAGGUGAGCAUCCUACACCUCAAAACAAGGCAGCCGCGGGUGCUUUUUGUGAAGGGGACUCUCCAUCUCUUCUUAAUUCCUCAUGGAAAACCAAAGUUCAGACAAACCUCAUCCUUUUCAAAGACAGAUCCAGAAAACCUAGAAAAUAAUUUUUAUAAAGUUAACAUAUAUCAGGAACUUCAUACACCAGGCAGUGAACUGAACACUGAAUGUACAUUGUUAUUUAACCCUCAGAUGAACUCUGGCAGAGGGACCAGUCAUCCCCAUCUAUAAACGAAAAAGCUGAGGCUUAGAGAGGACUCAAAAGCUUAGUGUGACUCUACUUAACUUUGGCACUGCCUCUUCCCCGUGGUCCUCUGCCCCUGGAAUUAGCUGAACAAUUCUGUUGCAUUUUCCGUCUUCAAAGAAGACAUGCUAAGGCCAAGAAGACAAAGGUCAUGUAAGAAAUCUGUGAAAACCUAGAGGUUCCCUGCCCUUUGGCCUUUUUUGAAUUCUCCUAGUUACCCAGAGAUAUCUUGGCCUGAUGAAGGAUGGUUCAGUUCCGAACACACUGCUCUGGAUGUGAUAACAGCUGGGCAGGUGCCCAGAGAGGAAAGACUAUGGCAAAUACUGCCCAGCUGAAGCCCUUCCCACUUAAGCACGCAAACUACUCAAGUAGUUAUAUGGGUCCUGUGAUGUUUAUAAUGCCAUUAUAAUAUCCAAUUCCCUAUCAAAAGUUUUAUCCAUAAGGUUUAAAGGCCCACAUACAGAAAGCCUAAGCAAAGGCAUGUUUGAAAUAUCACCAAAUUGGUCCUGAAUAUUAUCCUACAGUUUUGCUUUUAAGAACAUGAGACUGCAAAGGCAGCCAGCUGCAGUUCAUAGGCUGGAAUGUGUGAGCACAGCAAUUACACAUUAGAAAAAAGAUUGCUUGGGGUCUCCAGGAAGUCUUGGGGAAUUAGAGGAGGUACAUAUGCUGAAUUAGCUGCUUCCGACCCGGCAUUCGUACCCCACCCCCGCACCCCUUAAGGCGCUUGUCUUCACUGCAGAGACGUCAGGAAGUACAUUUCUCAGGAUCUCUGUCCCCCAACAUUUGCUCCUGGAAGGAAGGCAAUCACGAGAGAUUUGUGAAGAAAAUGAGAAGCCUUUGUUUCUGGAGGCAGCGGCAGCCAGGUGUGUGGGAAAGUGGGGGUCUCAUAGCAGCCUUCUUUAGAGCUGCAGUCGCUUUCAGGCAAGCUCUUGAGAACUUUAGAACUUUUGGUUCAGAUCUGCUGGCUUUCUCGACCUUGUGUGGGUUUCCUCUGACCUGUUUCCCCAGUUCUUCCAAUGUUUAUGUUAAACCCUUAACUCCUAUAUUAAGUCCCUUGUACUUGAAAUAUACUAAGUGGCUUCUGUUUUCCUAAUCUGGCUCUCAGUUGAUCCCAGGAUUUAUUCAACCUGUUGCUGUAAACUGGCUUCACUGAAACUCAGAUGGGUAACAGCUCUCUUCCAUUGCCUGUAGGGCUCUUGCCAGGAGAGGGGGUGCUUCGAAACUCUUUUCUUCCCUCAAUGCCAGCAGUGUCUUGACUGUGAAGUACACAGAAGUAGCCUCUGUGGGCUCUUUUGGACUUUUCUUUUCAAUUGCAAUUUUUAGAUUUGUGAGACACUUCUUCUCUUCACCCUUCGGGGAGAACUUAAAAGGUAAGAAGACAGAGAGAGACUCCAAGACGCCAAGAAGGACCCAUUUCAAAUUAAUACAUAUAACCGGGUAGUGGAACCCAGCUACUGUGGGUGACUAGUCUCAAUUUGGUGGACACCACUGGUUUUCCCCACUAGGAUGCAAGCUCCACAGGGGCAAGGGGUUUGUUUACCAAUGUAUUCCAACCACCUGGAACAAUGCCUGUGGAGCUCAAUCAAUAUCUGUUGAAUGAACAGCCACACAGAACUGGGAAGUGACAUACUCCUCAGAGUAUGGAAUGCCUUACAAGAUUCAACAGGUACUACAUGUGUCUUAUCUAUGUUCAUGGUUAUGUCCUUGGCUCCAAGAUGCUGUGUUGCUACCCAGUCUAGGAGAAAGAACAAUUAAAAAAAAAAAACAAAAAACAAAACUCUGGUCUGCACCUCUUUAGAAUUCUCUUCUCGUCUUCACAAUUGGAAAGGUUUGUUGUGGAUUCAAUAAUCACAGGGGCAACUUUUAAAAAUGGCACUUUUAGGUUUUAUUUAGUCAAUUAAGGAAGUCAACCCACUAUCCUUAUUUCAUUGUACAUUUAAUGCAAAAUGUAAAUGUAAACUUAACAUUAAAAGAACACGUAAGGAUGAUCUCAGAAUUUUAAAAAUUGAAUAAAUUUGACCUUAGGGAAAAAUUGACUCCCCCCACCCCCAAUUCCACCUUAGACUCGAUUCAACAUUUGGGAACCCUGAUCUCAUUCAACCCUCUCAUCCGAAAUAUAAGUGUGGGCACCUCUGGUUAGGUGCUGGGGAUCCAAGGGUCAGCAAGAAAGGCUCACCUCUUGCAUGUGGAAGCCUAAUCAAAGUUUCUUGAUGCCACAAAUACUGGGGGCUAUUGAGAACACAAGACAUCAAGCCAGUUCAAAGGGGAAGAGGAAAUUUCCAAGUAGAAACACCUUUUACGCUGAGACUUGAGAGUCAGAGGAGUUAUCCAGAGAAGUAAACCCCAGGGAGAGAAGAGUGCAGUGGCAGAGCAAAAGGAUGCACAGGGCCCUCCUUGAGCAUCUCCUGCUACUUCUUCAUGGCCUCUUUGAUGGGGAUCCUCAGUGUAGGUUUAUUGCCUUCCCUGCCCACCUACCUCUGAGCUGACUCUUGAAGUCUUGACAGCUUAGCAUCCAUUACAGAAAACUCACAGUUUGAAUCUCACCUUCACUUGAAUUCUAUUGAGUUCCAAUAAUUACCACCUCUAUAUUUGUCGAUCUGGGGCUCAGUCCUUUUCUUAAAAAAAAAAAAAAAAAAAAAAAAAAAAGUCACUUUAACAAAAAACAUUGUUAUUCCUUGUGUUUGUGUUGAAGUAAGUUGGGAUGAGAGCCAGGAUGGUCAGAAAACAAACCACACCGUACUGCUACUUUUGGAAGCUUUGUUCUUUAAUGAGCCAUGAAGUGAUCUGUUCAUCAAGCUGCUCUUGUGUAGCCAUACAGUGCAUAUUUUGAGUGACAUAAACUGCACUUUAUACAACUGAUGAUGUCUCCCCGACCCCCCCGCCCCCCGCAAAAAAUAAAAAUAAAAAAGAAAUUACAGUGCCUGCUGAUUGCAUCAGGAAUAUAAUCAGUUCUGUGGGUGAGACAAAUCAUUCUUCUUAUAGAAUUAUUCUGUUAAACAGUAAAAUGAUAUUAUAUUUCACAGGAUAUGUCCUUUAACAAUACAGUCUUACACAGUCUUAUAAAUUUAUACUCAGCACUUAUAAAUUACUUUAAAUCCAUUAAAAUAAUAUAAUACUAAUCUUGUAGUCCACACCUUUCCCUUAGUAAAUACAAUUACUUGGUUCAAAAGGUGCAACUUUUAUAUAACCUAAGAGGGCUGAUAAAUAAGCAUAAGGUAUGACUGGAUAGCAAGGUGAGAGACCCCUUUGGGCUUUUUGGUGAACAGUUUCAACCAAGGGACCAACAAGACCUAAUAAAUUCACCUCCACAAUCAUUGAUUUGCCCUUUACCACCAAAUCAAAUGUGGAAGUGGUUCCGGGGAAAAGUGGUUAACGGUAUUUUAGGAGCUUAGAAAGAAGACUCCCACAAACAUCAAGGAAUUAUACUACCAAGGCUAGCAUGGUAUUAGGGGACAGUGCCAACUAUCACGAAAUUAAGAGGAGCUGUCACAUUACAGGUAGACAAACACAUCAGUCAACACAGAAUGAUGCUGUCCAGCUCCCCACCAAGGGGGGUUAGAAAGAGGAGAGAGGAGGAUGAGGGAAGUCAUCUGGUCUUUCUUAAAAUUAACUCUUAGCUUUGAACACAUCCUGAGAAUACUUUCUUCUGUCUGGUUUACCAAAGUGUUUGUAAAAGGUACACAUUCACUAGUUAUAGUUAAAAAUGAUGGCCCAUAGGCACUGAUGUGGACCUGCAGAAUCUUGCUGGACAUCCUCUUUUCAGCAUGGUUCUGGGGUCCUCUGUUGGUGAAAACAACCCUAACCUCUCAUGGUGAUGGGAUUCUCUGAUGGUGAAAACAGCCCUAUCGUGAUGGAAGACAAGUCCCCACUAACCUGACAGCAAGGUGAGAAAGAUGUGGCUGGUUUCCAAGGCAUGAGAAGGUUGGGUUCUUGUAUUUCCCACCCCCUGACCUCAGGUCCCUUGGUCUCUGCAAGGCUCUAUGUAAAAGGCUGUAUUUCCUUUGUUUUCGGAAGCUCAGAGUGGUAAGAUAAUUAAAAUGGUAGGAAGUACAAAGUGCAUUACAAACUAAGCAUGUCACCUUCCUAAAUCCUUCUGGUAUUUGCUUCACUUUGUGAUACACAAUGUGAUCCUAAAAUUAUACUUUUCUGCUUCCAUUACAUUUUCCAUGAUAUGGGAUACAUUGGUUUUAAUGGGGAGGAUUAAAAAUCCAGGCUCUGUUUGGGGCUGGGAAUGUGUACUGAGAAGGGAAGGCUCUGCAUUUUAGAGUAUGGGCUCCAAAUGUGGGGCUGCCCCACUGCUGCCAUGCAGGGAGUUUCUGGCAUCUGAAAUCAAAGAAAAUGAGCAAAGGAGGAGCAACGGGAAACACAAAUCUGACAUAUGUUAAGGCUAAAGAUCUUAAUCGUUAUGUGGGAACAUAACUUUAACCACAGAGGGGACCAGAUAAGACCAGAGGGAAGGAUAUAGAGCACUUGGUUCUGACAAUUUUUAAGCGUUAGGGCUUCAUCUCCUUGCCAGGCCAACAGCGCCUGUUAUCCUGUGAGAACAGCAGCUUGCUUUCCUUCAAGGGAGGGUUCCACACUUGCUCUCCAUUCUCAUAAUUGCGUGCAUCUCCCCUCCCCCACCCUCCAUUCUGGGAGCUGGUUAAAUGACUAGAAAUCCACAAAUCUAGCAACUGAAAAAAAAAAUAUUUAUUUAAUUUUAUCCAAAUUCAGGUUUUAGGUCCCUGAGAAAAAUUAUAAAGUCUCUUAACAUCCAUCACUUGGUUCCUAUAAAGUGACCUAUAUGAAGUUUUUUAACUGCCAAAAACUUAUUUUGCAAAACAACAACAACAACAAACAAAAAAAUCCACAAAGACUUAGAGGGGAGAACAUAUACCAAGAUGUGUUCCCCAGGCCAUUCCUCUGGGCCAAAGAAAACUAUUCAACAGGGGUAAUCUCUUUUUUUGUGUGUGGAUUUAAACAAUGUUCUGGAGCAAGUGGAGAGCAGUAGUCAAUACCAGCUGACGACCACCCUCUCAAGGAAACCAGGAAAGACCGCGGCCAGCACGGGGCUCCAGUGAUCCCCACGCUGACACAACCACGCCGAGGGAGUGGGUCUUACUCUAGGACACUCUCUGAACUUCAGAUCUUUAAAGGCUUUACCUUUAUGACUCCUCUGGACAGCACGAACAAGGUGGCAGAUGUUUGCGGGAUGCAAAAUCUAACAUUUACUCACUAACCAUCAUCAUUCUGGAGAUUUUAAAAGAUUCCUUUUCCGAGGUCAUUUCUCAACCCAAACCAGGGAGAGGUUAAGCCUCCUGUACCUGUAGCUGCCACUGAGAAUGAUGUUCCAUGUCUGGCCUCUGGGGCUCGACAAUAACCACGGAGGCAGUGGCAUGAGGUUCAGUGUUGUGUAACAGGAGAGACUCUGCCUUAACACAAGUCUUAAUAUUUCCAUAACUUCACAUCAAGCAAGUAUGAAAAGGAGAAAUAACCAAAAUUCAGUUACAGAUGGUAAAUUAGGCUCUUUCUUAGAACAGUGCAUGUGGCAGUUAGACAAAUUGCAUUUAGUUAACUUUAAAAAUAAACAUUUUCACAUACUUAUCUCAAGGGUAUCAUGUUUCAUUUUCCAUAUAUUAUAAAUAGCAAAAACAGAUUUCUAAUCCCACAAAUGCUAAGAAGCUUAAAAUGCUUUUAUCACUCAGGUACAUGGAGACACCCAGUGCUGAGAAAGAUGGCCUGACUUUUCCCUCCACCCAGCGAUGAGUGGCUCUCACCACCAUGUCCAAUGGCCCUAAUCUGUGGGAAGAAAUUCCAUGGGGAGGAAGAAAGCAUACGGUUAGAAAGAAAUAUGCAUACUUUACAUAUAUAUUUACAGUAAACUUCAGUAACCAGAAUAUUAACAAAAAAUA